GUGUCGGUUGGGUCCAAUCCUUGCCUGUGAUUGGUUCUUAUUUGAGGAAGCUGACGGCUCGGCUCCACUAAUAAGCGCCUCCCAGCCCUUCUAAGGGCCAUUAUAAUGCAAGAGACCUCCUUUUUUUAAAGCACAAAGCGAAAUUUCCUUCUUUUACAACAUCUAUGCCCCUUAAAUUGCCCCCGAAGUUCGUAGGAGCGUUUUGCCCGGACCUCUUUUCGCCCUGGAGCGCUACGCGAUGCUCUCCCACGCCGACCUCCUGGAUGCUCGGCUCGGUGAGUUCUCGGCUCUCAACCCGGGAGCUAAACUCCACUGGAUGAAAGAUGCUGCAGAGUUACUCGGACAUCGAGAGGCUCUCAAGUGUCGGCUCGGCGGCGGGGUGCCGGACCAGGGCCAUCCGGGAGACAUGGCCCCCGGUUCGGACUCCGUGGAGGGAGCAACUCUCUUGCCCGGCGAAGACAUCACCACCGUGGGAUCCAACUCGGCCGGUAUGCCGGUGAACGGGAAAGAGCCGGAGAAGCAACAACAGCAGCAACAGCAGCAGCAACAGCAGCAGCCCCAGCAGAGCUCGGGCGGGCAGGCCAGUCAGCAGAAACAGAAACGGCACCGAACCCGCUUCACGCCGGCGCAGCUCAACGAACUGGAGCGCAGCUUCGCCAAGACCCACUACCCGGACAUCUUCAUGAGAGAGGAACUGGCCCUGAGGAUCGGCCUGACCGAGUCCAGAGUCCAGGUUUGGUUCCAGAACCGGCGCGCCAAGUGGAAGAAGAGGAAGAAGACCACCAACGUGUUCCGCGCCCCGGGCACGCUGCUGCCCACGCCGGGCCUGCCGCAGUUUUCAGCGGCCGCCAUGGAGAACAGCCUGUGCUCCUUCCACGCCAACGACUCGCGCUGGGCCACGGGCAUGCCGGGCGUGUCGCAGCUUCAGCUGCCGCCGGCGCUCGGCCGCCAGCCGCCGGGCAUGGCGCAGUCGCUGUCGCAGUGCAGCCUCGGCCACGGGCCGCCGCCCAACUCCAUGGGGCUGUCCAACGGCCUCUCGUCCAACGGCUCCGGCCUGCAGUCGCACCUCUACCAGUCGCCUUUCCCCAGCAUGUCGGCGUCGCUCUCCGGCCCCACGAACGUAUCGGGCUCCCCGCAGCUGUGUAGCUCCCCGGACAGUGACAUGUGGAGAGGGACCAGUAUCGCGUCCCUCCGGCGCAAGGCACUCGAGCACACAGUGUCCAUGAGCUUCACUUAGUGACUUGUACAAAGGCCAAAACACGCACCCCCCCCCUCGAUCCCCCCACCCCCUGCCACUUUUACCAUCAUAACCCCCACGCUGAGUCUCGUGUCCCUCGCCCCCAAUUUAGACACUGGGACGCAAGGAAAGUCACCCGCGCAGCCCCGCUCGUGGGUUCAUGAUGUUCACUUCAAAAAAAAGAAAAAAAAAAAAGAUUUGACUCUGAAUCCUUCCGUAAUGAUCCUCCGGAGGGCCCCUCCCCAAAAAAUUGUCGUUCCCCCCGAGUACCUCUUGGAGCACUUGUAAUGUUGUGUUCAAGUGAACUUGUGUUAUGUCAAACGGUAAUUUAUGAAAUAUGACAUUUUUUUAAAGUUUUUUUUUCAUGGGGGCGUGCGGGGUGGGGGGGGGGGGUUCACAGCCUGAGUGGGUCGGUUGGAGCUGCAGGCAUGCACUGUGCAUGCGUGGGGAUUUUACGCGAGGGGGACACUGCACACUCACACACUUAUACUAUCCAGUGAUCUUUCAGUCUAGACCUAAACUCUGUUAAGGGUGUUUUUGUGUAGAUUAAAAAACAAAAAACAAAAAACAACAACAACAUUCUUGUGUGACAUGUUUUAACUUAUUGUAUGUGCUAUAUUACUUGACACAUUUCUUAUUAAAUGUUUGAUCUUACAUUGAAAUGCAUCACAUUGACAGGUUUGUACCAAUUAAAAAAAAAAGUAACAAAUAAAAGUACUUUUAAAGAAUGUCCAAA